UGUCUAUAUGCUGGUCUUUUGCACACGCAAUACAUACAUACGCGAAGGCACAUUUUAAUUUUUGUAGCCACUAUACAUAUCAUUUAUCUACUUGAAUUUUCAUCGAAGCCCUAGGUUCAAGAAAGCCAUCAUUGAGAGUAGCUUAGGGUGCCCCCUGCCAUUAUGACUCUACAGGUUCAAACAGUAAACAAAGAAAGCCCUUUACUCUGAAUAUGCUUUGAAUUACUCAAGCAGACCAAAGGCAUGAUGGCCGAGACAAUUUUUGAGGAGGGACAGCUUACUGGAGUCGGACUACAUGAAUCUGAGCGCAUACGUCGACCAGUGAACGAAGGCGCAUUCAAAACGGAAGAGUGCUUAGAGCGAAACCGCGCAAACGAAAACGAAAACGAAAACGAAGAUGACAAUCAUCCCCUUGAUGAGCUUUAUAGACCCUCCCAAGUGAAUGAUAAUCGCCAGCGUCGCCUGUGGAGGUCCUUUUGCUUUCCAUUAGUCGCUGUGCUUGUAGGCCCGAUGAUCGAACCUUCAAGUUUGCCUGCUAUGCUUUGCAGGAAAAAUCCAAGCCCCUGGUUUCAAGAAGUUUAUCCUCGACUAAAUCGAACAUCAAGGCGCAUACGGCGAUCUAUUGACACCUACCAUGGACACAGCCCCCCCGCAGACCAAAUUCAAGACGCCUACGCCAAUACAACACGAAGUGAUAACCCUUUGCACGAGUUAUGCAUUCUUUUCAAAUGCGUCCAAGCACCUAUUGGUGAAGCACCGGUAGAUCCGGACUUUCAGAGCUUGUUAGAGGAAGGCGGGCCGCUGGUGAGAUAUGUCGUGGAGGCGUACAGAAAGCAUAUCGCCAAAGAAAACUACGAUCUUUAUGGGCAAUGUUGAGUGCUAAUAGUGGUAAUGGUGGCUCGUCUGGC